UUCUGAAUCUGAAUCUGAACUUCUGAAGUCUGAAGUGAAGUUGAUUAGAUAAAAUGUGAAGUACAUGCUGUGAGGAGAUGCUAUUUUAUUGUUUAAGCUAGUCUCUGUUCUGUUGAUGAAUUUUUUAUAAGUGAAUCAUAUUUUUAUUAUUGAAAAAUAUUAUAAAUUUUAAUAAUUGAUAGGUUUGUUUUUGGCUGAUUUUUUUACCAUUGUUAGGUUAUGUGAAGUGUUUACCACUAGGUCUAAUCCUAAUUUCUUUUCAAACUAUAAAUUUAACAUUGGUACUGUAUUUAUAACGAUCACAAGAUGAGCCGGUCAAAUAAGAAGAUGGAUCCAGCAUUCGAUGAGUUCUUCCGUGCAAUGCAGGCUUACUUUUUACAUCAUUUGACACAGGUCAAGAAUGAAAUGGUCACAUUGAUAAAUAAGAAUCAUGAAGAAUCAAAAUGCUUUAAUGGUAACGAUAAACUUUCCCUUGGAGCCUCCAAUUGUAGCGAACCAUGUGAAGAUAAUUCAGGUUCGAAUAAAAAGUUAUUUACACUUUGUCAAUCAAUCAAGUUAGGGCAGAAUGAAAUUAAUCUCAUGCUGGAGUCCGGUGAAGAAAGCAUUGAGAACUUGUUGGCAGAAAACAGAAGUCUUCGUGAAACUGUAAAUGAGUUGAAUUUGAGAGUCCAAAAUUUGUCAGAACAGUUGGAUGCGACUAAGGCGUCGAACGAGGAAAAUUUUAUGCGUUACGAGAAUUCGUUGAAAGAAUAUUUGAAAAUUUCGGUCGAUUCCAAUAUCAUAUUACGUGCACUAGUUUCUGAUGUUAUGAAAAUGAAGUAUGACAUUAUGAUGAGUAAAAAAACUGCAAGGGACAGCGGAAUCUUUGAAGGUGCUGGUUCUUCCAAGAAUACCGGUCCGUUGAGGUUAGGUAAUGUAGCUGCUGGGGCUGCCGGAGGCCCCCCUGGAGAAUAUGUCAGAGAUGUAAAAGAUGUCAAUGUAAUUGCCGAAACAAUUGCAGACACGCUUCGUGUUGAUGGUCCUAGUACUGAUAAAUGCGCCGCAUUUUUCAGACCUAAAAGUAUUUCCAUACAGUUUCAAAGCGAGGAGACAUUGGAUGAAUGGUUGAAAGCAGCAAAGCAAAGACGGGAGAUCAAUGAACGUAAUAUCUACCAACAACUGAUUGAACUGGAAGAGGAUAAUGUAGUAGUGAACAAAACACCAUUUGAUUGUACCAUUUGUCUGACACCUGUUGACCGUGGCGGAGGAAUUGUGUUGAAGGAAUGCCUGCAUUUGUUCUGUAGAGAUUGUCUGGCCCAGACUAUCGAGUACAACGAAGAUGCUGUUGUGAGAUGUCCAUUCCGUGGUGAAAAUGGCGAAAUUUGCAACCACAAUCUGCUGGAGCGGGAAAUCAGAGAAAUAAUCCCGCACGAUAUCUACGAGAAGCAUCUGUCUCGCAGCCUGUCGUUGUCGGAGAGCAAGAUCAAGAACUCGUUCCACUGCCGCGCCCCUGACUGCUGCGGCUGGUGGGUGGUCGAGGACGAGGUCACCUUCAUCUCAUGUCCCGUCUGCACCGCCGAUAACUGCAUUCGCUGUCGAGCGAUCCACCCAACCAUGGACUGUAAGGAAUAUCAAGAUGAACUGGUGAUAUUGGCUGAAAGAGAUCCGAAUGCCCAGAGAACGCUGCGUUAUUUCAGGCAAAUGAAAGAGCGUGGCGAGGCGAUGAGCUGUCCAACGUGCAAAAUUACGGUGAUGAAGACGGACGGCUGCGACUAUUGCCAGUGCACCAUGUGCAAGACAGACAUCUGCUGGGCCACCAUGGGCCCGCGCUGGGGACCUGCUGGACGUGGUGAUACAUCAGGAGGUUGUAUGUGUGGUGUGAAUGGAAGAAGAUGUACCGCAAACUGCCAAAACUGUCAUUAAGUUUGUAGAAGAAGCUAAAAUUAUUCAGAAAGGUUCCAAUGGUCGUGGUGAUGUGUCGGGAGGUUGUCGUUGCAAUGUCAAUGGAUUCAAAUGCCAUCCGAAUUGCAGUUAUUGUCACUAGAAAGCAGAUUCCUAGCAGAACUUACCAAUUUUCUUAAUUAUGAUUUUCAGUUGAAUUUAGUUGAUCUUUUCGUAUCAAUGAUUAUGUAUAUUUUUUAUUAUAUCUAUUCAUAUCUGUAGUUCACUUAGUAAUAUCUUGAAUUUUACUCUUGUUAGCUGAUUAGGACUGUCUACACUCUUGUGGAUGGCUCUCAGGCACACUAUACGAUAUAGAUAUAUGUAUUGGAUAGCAGAUUGCUUUCUGUGUGGCCGAACUCUUAAUUUGGAUAUUAGUACCGUAUUUUUGUAAUCUGAAAUCCAAAAGUGUGUAUUCAGUUAAGGUUUUUGAAUAAAUUUGUUCAUUUUUGGAUGCCAAUUUCACAUUUGUUACAUAGUAUAGCUAUUAAUUAAUUAAUAUAUGACAAUAAUGUUGUUCAAGUUUUACGAAAAAUAUGUUGUACAUUUAUGAAUAUUCUAUUUUUAUAAGUCUGAUUGAUAUGCGGUGUCUUCCUUGAGGUGCUAGUAACUUGCGUUUUCCAAUUUUUGUGGUUCUAGUAAUGUUUUUAUUCAUGUGUGUUGUGUGUGUUACUGAAGGCAGGGACCAAAUUUGGAAUUCAGGACUGUGUUUGUUAUUGAGUUGAACGUAGAGAGGGCUACUGACUUGAAUAGCAUUGCAAGUAAAAGCAUUAUUUCCCAUCUUCAACUUGCUUAUUAAAUUUAUAAUAGAAUUUGAUUGACAAGUGUCGAGAAUGGGGUUUCACCGAUAUUUUAAUGCUUUUAGGUGUAUUUGGAAAGCGAAAGGAAAUACAAUCAUAAAGGUAGUCAUUUGAAGAUCUUGUAUCAAAUGACUUAAACGAGUGAACCAAGAAUGAAAUAAGAUAAUUGAAUGCUGCUAAGAAUAAAAUUUUGGAUUUGUAAAUAAUAGUUUAUAAGCUGUGAAUGAAAUAGAGAAUAUUGAAUAUUUGGAUUCACAAGGAGCAGAAAUUUUCCUUAGGAAGUAAUGCCGCUCAACAUUAUUGAAAAUGAUAGGAAAUUAAGCAUCAAAGAAAACAUGGCGAAGGGGAGGGAAUAGGGAAGGAAGAGAAGAUAAGUAAAAGGAAGAAGAAAAAAGAUAACUUAUAUAUAUAUGCUUUGACUGUUAUAGCGAUGAUGCUCAAAUUCAUGUUACUUCUUACUCAGGUUAAAGCCCAAAAGUAGUUCAGUUUAUGCUCAGGUAUUCAUGAUGUUUGAUACCACCGUUUGUUAUUUCAAUCAAUGUAUUAGCUCAAAUGAUAGAUUUGUAGACAAAUCUUACUAAUUCCAUAUAAUGUUCUCUAUAGCAGUGUAUAAUUUGUUAGUUUAAUUGUAAUAAUAUUAUACUGUAUUAUUUCAAGCUCCAAAUAUAUAACCAUAGCUGAGGCAAAUAUGAUUCACCAAUAGAUCUAGUAAAGAUCUAUUCAUUAUUGCUCUCAGUUAUCAAAAUAAUUCAAAACAUCCUCAUCAACUAAAUAUGAAGGAAUCAAUUCUAAAAUUAUAAUCUAGUAAAUAAUAUUGAAUAUGAUAAAUUAUGGCUUUGUUACCUAUAAAAAUCAUAACUUAUGAACAAUUUUCAUUGGCAGACUGAAUAACUUUUUUUUUAUUAUAUUCGAUAGAUGAUUUGUUUUCUCUAGGCGAGAGAUAUUUUGAGUUUAUUUUAUAGCAAUUCCAUUUCAUAUCAGUUGGAAUUUAAUUUUGAUCUUUCAAAUUAGCAGAAAUAUAGAGACUUAUUUUUGAAUUCGCAAGGUUUGAAAUAUUCACUAAUUAUUUAAUCAACAAACGAGUUGAACUUUCUGUGUCAAAAUCGCUUAAAAGUUGCUGAGAUAAUGAAUAUUUUUGACUAUUAAAACACUUUGUGAAAUAUCAGUUAUUAUUCUGGUUUUAAAAAUUUGUUCAUUUUAAAGGUUGGUGCCAAACCACUUUGGCUCAACUCACACUUACGCGACUCAGGUCGAGAGCAUGUGAGCAUUUGUUUCCAAAUGGUGACAUUCAGACCAGUCGAUUCUAGUCUCCGCGACGUCACCAUUUGAAAACACAUGCUUUCGAGUCGAGUCUCUUCUCGACCUGAGUCGCGUAAGUGUGAGUUGAGCCUUAGACUUAUGUUUUAAUUUAUAAGUUGUUCAUUUAAUAUAUAGAGUUUAUCUUGUG